AUGUCUCCCACUAUCGCUCAAACCGGUGCUGGCACCGUCAAGAAGGAGUCUGCCACUGCUCGUCUCCUUGGCUCUGGCUGUGCUGGUAUAGCCGAGUUGAUGAUCUUUCACCCUGUGGACACCACAGCGAAGCGGUUGAUGAGCAACCAGACCAGGAUCAGUACAUCCGCUGAAUUGAAGAAAGUCGUCUUCCGGGAGCAUGCUGAUGCGCCCAUCGGCAAAAAGUUCACCUCACUCUUCCCCGGUCUGGGAUACGCUGCUGGUUACAAGGUCCUCCAGCGUAUUUACAAAUAUGGUGGUCAGCCCUUUGCGCGUGAUUACCUUUCCCAGCACUACGGCUCCGACUUCGACAAUACCUUCGGAAAGGGAACUGGCAAGGCCAUUAUGCAUGCAACUGCUGGAAGUUUGAUCGGUAUUGGAGAGAUUGUCCUGCUCCCGCUGGACGUCCUGAAGAUUAAGCGUCAAACCAACCCCGAGGCCUUCCGUGGCCGUGGUCUGUUCAAGAUUAUUUCUGAUGAGGGUAUGGGUCUGUACCGUGGAGCCGGUUGGACUGCUGCCCGUAACGCCCCAGGAUCCUUUGCGCUCUUCGGUGGAUCUGCUUUCGCUAAGGAAUAUAUCUACAACCUGUCCGACUACAACUCUGCCAGCUGGUCGCAAAACUUUGUUGCCUCCGUGUGCGGUGCUAGUGCUUCUUUGGUCGUGUCGGCUCCCCUGGAUGUGAUCAAGACCCGUAUCCAGAACCGCAACUUCGAGAAUCCCGAGUCUGGAUUCCGGAUUAUUUCCAAUAUGCUCAAGAACGAGGGCCCCACCAGCUUCUUCAAGGGCUUGACCCCUAAGUUGCUGAUGACUGGCCCCAAGUUGGUCUUCAGCUUCUGGUUGGCACAGACUUUGAUUCCUGCCUUUGGCACGGUUGUAUAG